AUGAUAGAGCAAAAGGAGAAAGAUAGGAUUAGUGAGGAAGUGGUGAAUAAAAUGAUGAAGAAGCAAGAGGAUAUGUAUAAGGUAUUACUUGAAAAGCAAGAGGAUAAGUACAAGGUAGCACUGGAGAAGCAAGAGAAUAUGUACAAGGCAUUGCUCGAGACAAUAGAGCAGAAGGAGAAAGAUAGGAUUACAAGAGAAGAAAUUUGGAGGAAUCUUGAAACGGAAAGGAUUAGGAAAGAGACGGAGCAGAUGGAGAAAGAUAGGAUUACAAGAGAAGAAACUUGGAGAAACCUUGAAAACGAAAGGAUGGGGAAAGAGGAGGAGAGGAGGGCUGAAGACUCUCGUCGAAGUUUGGCUGUCCUUUCGCUGGUAGGGAAGUUCUUGGGACAGCAGGUAAUCGAUAAUGCAGGACCCCUUGGACAGCAGGAAAUUAAUACUCCACAAUCCAUAGAGCAGCAGAAAAUCAAUGUUCCGCAGUCUUCGGAAAUAAUUUCGCAUGAUCAGAGUGGUCAGAAAAAACAAAUGUUUCAUAAUUGGACUAAACAUGAAGCACAAGCCUUAAUCUCCGUACGAAUGGCAAUAGAGCAAAAAUUCCGACCUGGUGCUAGAAAAUCUCGAAUUUCGUGGGAAGAGAUAUCUCUGGGAAUGGCGUCAAUGGGAAUUACUAAGACUGCAAAGCAGUGUAGAGAUAAAUGGGAGACUAUGAUCAAGUGCUUCAAGAGAGCAGAGAAAAGUGGCAGAACAAAGGCAGAAAAUGCAAAGACAUGCCCAUAUUUUCAAGAACUGGAUAUGUUUUACGGAAAACUUCUCAUUGAUCCUGAAAAGGCUCCCAAGGCUGAAACCGAAACUAGUUAA